GGCUGUGAAGAAGAUGAAGAAAUAACAGACCGAGAAACACACAGAGCCUCAGUCGUAGCUAAACAAGCUCCGAAAAAGGAAUAGGAUUUACUUGUGCAAAGUCAUUCGACAGCAACCUAAACUAAAUUAGAUUAAAUACUGCAAAGGACACAAAUAAAGAAAAUGUCGACUGCCGUGCGACAUGAUUGGUACCAAACGGACGAGAAGGUUGUGAUCACUGUGAUGAUAAAGAAGCCCAUAGAACUGAACUGUGAAGUAACAAUGGAACCAGACCGCUUGCUGAUUGAAGCCGACGGAGAUAUUCGGCUUGAGUUUCAUCUGUGCCAGUCGAUCAAUGCUGAAAAAUCAACCUACAAAUUUGGCUCUGCUAAAGUAGAGGUCACGCUAAUAAAAUUGAUUAGUGAACGCUGGGCUGAUUUAACAAAAGAAAAGGCCGAAGCGAAACCGAAAGUAGUCAACAUUUACAAACAUAAUUGGGACUCCCUCGCUAAACUCCUCGAAAAAGAACAUGAGGAUGACCGCGGAUUGGUAAAUGAAGGAUUCAAAAAAAUUUACCAGAACGCUUCACCGGAUGUGCGUCGUGCUAUGAAUAAAUCAUUUCUCGAAUCAAAUGGAACGGUCUUGAAUACGGGCUGGGAAGAGGUUGGCGCCAAGAAAACAGAGAUGCGCCCUCCAGAUGGAACCGAGUUCGUUAGCUGGAAAGAUGCACAAUAAUUUGAUUUUCGCAAACUCAAUGCAGUCGUGAAUUUUCUUUCAUUUUUUUUUUUUUGCUGAAAUUUGUUACUUGUACUGAUUGAAUGUUCGUGGUUUGCAAAUGGUCAAGGUAGUCUGACGAGAAAGAAAAAUCAGGACGCCGACUCACAUGGUCAGUGACUAUGUUGUUGCCUAUAUAAUUCAAUCAGAAUUUAUUAUUUUCUUCGUCUAAUUUGAUUUAAUUUGAAUUUAUAAAAUCGUC